AUGUGGGGUGUCCCACCAGAGAGAGAGGGAGAGGAGGAGGAGGAGGAGGAGGAGGAGGAGGAGGAGGGGGGGAAGGAAGGAAGAAAAAGAGGGAGAGGGAGGGAGAGGGAGAGGAGGGAGGGAGUCGCACCGCAUUUCAACUGCUUUGGAAGCAGCAGGUUUUCUGGCUACAUUAGUUAUGCAUGCAUUAGGUAUGCUCUAACUAGCUCCAUAGCUUUUUUUUGGUCCUGCGAAUGUAUGCCAGUGUGCUAUGCUGACAGGUCAAACCCUUCAAUAUAAUGAAACCAUACUCUUUUUUUCCCCUGGCGUCUAGGUUACUCGUAAGCGCCUCCCAAGAUGGUAAAUUAAUCAUUUGGGACAGUUACACAACUAACAAGGUAAGACCUACAUUAUACUGCACCUGUGUAACCUCUCUCAAAUAGAGAGACAUUAUACUGCACCUGUGUAACCUCUCUCAAAUAGAGAGACAUUAUACUGCACCUGUGUAACCUCUCUCAAAUAGAGAGACAUUAUACUGCACCUGUGUUAUCUCUCUCAAAUAGAGACAUUAUACUGCACCUGUAAACCUCUCUCAAAUAGAGAGACAUUAUACUGCACCUGUGUUAUCUCUCUCAAAUAGAGACAUUAUACUGCACCUGUGUAACCUCUCUCAAAUAGAGAGACAUUAUACUGCACCUGUGUUAUCUCUCUCAAAUAGAGACAUUAUACUGCACCUGUGUUAUCUCUCUCAAAUAGAGACAUUAUACUGCACCUGUGUAACCUUUCUCAAAUAGAGAGACGUUAUACUGCACAUGUUUAACCUCUCUCAAAUAGAGACAUUAUACUGCACCUGUGUAACCUCUCUCAAAUAGAGACAUUAUACUGCACCUGUAAACCUCUCUCAAAUAGAGAGACAUUAUACUGCACCUGUGUAACCUCUCUCAAAUAGAGAGACAUUAUACUGCACCUGUAAAUCUCUCUCAAAUAGAGAGACGUUAUACUGCACCUGUGUAACCUCUCUCAAAUAGAUAGACAUUAUACUGCACCUGUGUAACCUCUCUCAAAUAGAGACAUUAUACUGCACCUGUGUAACCUCUUUCAAAUAGAGAGACAUUAUACUGCACCUGUGUAACCUCUCUCAAAUAGAGAGACAUUAUACUGCACCUGUGUAACCUCUCUCAAAUAGAGAGACAUUAUACUGCACCUGUAAACCUCUCUCAAAUAGAGAGACAUUAUACUGCACCUGUAAAUCUCUCUCAAAUAGAGAGACGUUAUACUGCACCUGUGUAACCUCUCUCAAAUAGAGAGACAUUAUACUGCACCUGUAAAUCUCUCUCAAAUAGAGAGACGUUAUACUGCACCUGUGUAACCUCUCUCAAAUAGAGAGACAUUAUACUGCACCUGUGUAACCUCUCUCAAAUAGAGAGACAUUAUACUGCACCUGUGUAACCUCUCUCAAAUAGCAUCAUGACAAACGAGCACCAGCAAAGUAACUCACAUUGUAGCAAACAUUGCCACCCUCGUUGUCCUUGGUUCUCCUCUGCAUAAUGUCUUACAUUCCACUCUCCUGAGUGAUUGAGUUAAGCACGGUUGGGUUCAACAAAAUUUCCAAUUAGGUUAUAUCAGGAAGUGAAUUUGCCUGAAAGAAUUGCCUCUAAUUUCCUACCAGGAUAUUUCUAUUGUCACUUCAGGACGGAUCCUGACAUAAGAUCUGCACGCUUAACUUGGACUUGGACUUUUGGAGGCCAGAAUGCAGGUUACGCAUGCAGAUCUCAAGUUAGGAUUUGGUCCUUUCUGAAUGGACAGACAUUUUUUUGUGCAGCCCUGGAGCUAACAGACGAUGAUCGUGUGUUCCGUAGAUGCACGCCAUCCCGCUGCGCUCCUCCUGGGUGAUGACGUGUGCCUACGCGCCCUCUGGGAACUACGUGGCGUGUGGAGGCCUGGACAACAUCUGCUCCAUCUACAGCCUGAAGACCCGCGAGGGCAACGUGCGCGUCACCCGCGAGUUGCCUGGACACACAGGUACACACUGGAGAAGUUUUUUUUUUAAGUGGCGGAAUACCACCAUUUUAGAGAGGAAAUGGAACAAUUUCAUCUCGUCAACGUCUUUUGAUUGGUUCAAGCCUAGUUGACCUUAUGCUAAGACUAUUUCAUUUUUAAAAAAGGAUGCUCUGAUGACCACUGAAAUGUAUAGGUAAUUACAUAUUAUGGGAUUGAUGUUAACACAGUGUGUUAGCCUGCAUGGUUAUUUUCAACCUCUAUAUUUCAGGCUAUUUGUCUUGCUGUCGUUUCCUGGAUGACAACCAGAUUGUCACUAGUUCCGGGGACACCACCUGGUGAGUUUAUUGGAUGACAACCAGAUUGUCACUAGUUCCGGGGACACCACCUGGUGAGUUUAUUGGAUGACAACCAGAUUGUCACUAGUUCCGGGGACACCACCUGGUGAGUUUAUUGGAUGACAACCAGAUUGUCACUAGUUCCGGGGACACCACCUGGUGAGUUUAUUGGAUGACAACCAGAUUGUCACUAGUUCCGGGGACACCACCUGGUGAGUUUAUUGGAUGACAACCAGAUUGUCACUAGUUCCGGGGACACCACCUGGUGAGUUUAUUGAAGUAGUGUGGGAGGAAGAACACAACUUGACUCUCUAGGUCAGGGGUACUCAAGUACUAUUUGAGAAGGUCAGGUCACACAAAUUUCCUAGGUGGCAAAGGUCCAGAUGGAUAAUGUAAUUUAUCGGCGUAGUAACAAAUCCCCACCUUACAACCCAUGCGACCCCAAACUGUUCAGACCCCUCUUGUUGGUGGAGAGAAAAUAUGCAGUUUUAAAGCUAAUUUCCCGCAAUUCUACACUUUAGCAUGGGACAGAGAUUUUUAUUUGCUGUUUUAAAGCUCAUUUCCUGCAAUUCUAUGCAUUCUUCCAUGUCUUAUGUGUGUUUAUAUGAGAAAAAAAUUAUAUAUAUAUAUAUAUAUAUAUAUAUAUAUAUAUAUAUAUAUAUAGUGCUAUGAAAAAGUAUUUGCCCCCUUUCUAAUUUUCUAUACUUUUGCAUAUUUGUGAUACUGAAUGUUAUCAGAUCUUCAACCAAAACCUAAUAUUAGAUAAAGGGAACAUAAGUGGACAAAUAACACAACAAUUACAUAUUUAUUUCAUAAACAAAGUUAUGCAACACCCAAUUCCCCUGUGUGCAAAAAGUAAUUGCCCCCUUACACUCAAUAACUGGUUGUGCCACCUUUAGCUGCAAUGACUCCAACCAAAUGCUUCCUGUAGUUGUUGAUCAGUCUCUCACGUUGCUGUGGAGGAAUUUUGGCCCACUCUUCCAUGCAGAACUGCUUUAACUCAGUGACGUGUGGGUUUUCAAGCAUGAACUGCUCGUUUCAAGUCCUGCCACAACAUCUCAAUUGGGAUUAGGUCUGGACUUUGACUAGGCCAUUCCAAAACUUCCAAUUUGUUGCUUUUUAGCAAUUUUCAUGUAGACUUGAUUGUGUGUUUUGGAUCAUUGUCUUGCUGCAUGACCCAGCUGUACUUCAGCUUCAGCUCACAGACGGAUGGUCUGACAUUCUCCUGUAGAAUUCUCUGAUACAGAGCAGAAUUCAUGGUUCCUUCUAUUAAGGCAAGUCGUCCAGGUCCUGAGGCAGCAAAGCAUCCCCAAACCAUCACACCACCACCACCAUGCUUGACCUUUGGUAUGAUGUUCUUACUGUGGAAUGCAGAGUUUGGUUUUCGCCAGGCAUUACUGGAACCAUGUCGUCCAAAAAGUUAUACUUUUGAAUCAUCUGUCCAUAGAACGUUCUUCCAAGAGUCUUGAUGAUCAUCCAGGUGCUUUUUGGCAAACUUGAGUCAACAUUUUGGACGAAGUAAUUAGCCGAAGUUGGUAGCCCCUUCGUCAGUGAUUGGUCAACAGUAGGGAUUCUUCAGUAAAGUCUUUGUUGUCAUUCAACGAGAGACGACUCGUGUUCGUGCACUUUUUUUCAUUGAGAAAUACUGCACCAAACAUCUUAGUUUGAUGUAAAGUUGCGCGACUAAGAUCUCCUUGGCAAAAACGUCCAAAUUAAUGACAGGUUUCUUGAAUUAUCUUAGAUUCAUUCUGACUAUUUUGAAGAAGUGUGUACUGGCUAUCGCGUCUCAAAAUGGACAACCGGUACUAUUGCCGCUUUUUAAUUGUUUUUCAAGCAAAGGUAUUUUAAGGGAGUAUGCGAAAACACUCGUUUGGUUCUAGGCGCCAGCCGAACUGAAGCGUGCGGAUGCCUUAACACCAUGGGUGUUGCAAAUUCCCACUUAAAUUAACACUUUAUUACAUUUACAUUUUUACAUUUUAGUCAUUUAGCAGACGCUCUUAUCCAGAGCGACUUACAGUUAGUGAAUACAUUAUUUUAUUUUUUUAUACUGGCCCCCGUGGGAAUCGAACCCACAACCCUGGCGUUGCAAACGCCAUGCUCUAUCAACUGAGCUACAUCCCUGCCGGCCAUUCCCUCCCCUACCCUGGACGACGCUGGGCCAAUUGUGCGCCGCCCAUGAGUCUCUCGGUCGCGGCCGGCUGCGACAGAGCCUGGAUUCUAACCAGGAUCUCUAGUGGCACAGUUAGCACUGCGAAGCAGUGCCUUAGACCACUGCGCCACUCAGGAGGUUAUUAGAGUUGAUGCUGUUAAACUUUUUUAGUGUUGGGGAAUAAAUAUUUUUUUUGGGGGUGUUGUUGUUAUAAUAUUAUAGGUUGUACAGCCCUAUUUGCAUAUUUCCCAGCAUGCCUUUCAAGUGAAUGUGAGAGAUACCCACCCAUGACUGUGUUUGUUAGUGACAGAGACAUGGUUAUUGCAUUCAAUAACUUAUAUUCAUGAAGCCUUCAUCAAGUGACUGCCUAAGUGAAUGUGUUUCAAUUAAAAAGUAAACCCUUUAUGACCACAUGUUAUACAUGUCAGAAGGCCUUUAGGUAUGGCCUAGUUAUCCUUAAUAUUGUGGUCUGAAAAUCUUGGCCAAUGGUCUACACAUCAAACCCGCAAGUCACAAUAAGCUGGUUUGUGAAGUGAUUAGUAAUUCCUAUCAGAAUCCAGCCAGAGGGAGGAUAUCCAAUAAUUUAAUAUUUCCUCACCGACAACCUGCAGAAUGACUGCUAUGGUGAAGGACUUGACAAAGAAGACUACCUAAAACAGGGAUGGGCAACUUUGAAGGGAGUGGGGGCCACCAAAAAUGUGAAAUCAUCAUGAGGGGUCUGCUAACCUCAUCCAUACCCACACAUGCAGUCAGAGCCGACCCUAGCAUUUUGGGGGCCCUAAGCACCACCCACCUCUCGAGCAAAACAUUUUAGCGGAUCCCCUCUUGACAGAGUAGAGAAAAUAUUUUAAGUUUAAGAGUUAAUUUCCUGCAAUUUUACGCAUUCCGCGGGCCUACAUUUGCCAAUCCCUGACCUAAACUGGAACAGUUCAGUAACGGGUGGAUUAGUUUAGAAUUGUUGUAUUUAUUUAUCUUUGUAUAGUAUAAGAUCAAUUAAUCAAUCAAUGUGCAUGAGGAAACAGAGAUAUAUUAAAACAAACUAUUCAAAAAAAUCUAUCUGCAACAAAGCAUUCUGGGAAGAAUGAUCAUGAGGCCCCUCCCAGGUCUUUUUCACUCUGAGAGAGUUAACGGAAAUGAAUUCAACACAGUUGAGUAACAACAACACCACGUAAUGUUGAUUCCGCUAUAAAAUGUAAUUUAUUCACAGGAUGUGGUGUCAAUUUCAAUCCCACUGGUGUUAACCCCACUAGAAUCAACACUCAGAUAUAACACUCAACACGUUUUACCUUAACACCUAGACACUUGCAAAUUUGCUGUGCACAGACUAUACUGACAAACACACGAGAAACCGGUGCACCUCCCCAUCCAUUAAUUUCAAGUCUCAACAUCUCCACUGUACCCUCAUACCUCCUCUAUUUCUCACCUCCCUUCCCCCUCCCCCCUCUCUCUAUCAGUGCUUUAUGGGACAUCGAGACGGGCCAGAUGGCCACCAGCUUUACGGGCCAUACUGGGGACGUGAUGAGCCUGUCCCUCAGUCCCGACUUCAAGACCUUCGUGUCGGGGGCCUGCGAUGCCUCCUCCAAACUGUGGGAUGUCAGGGACGGCAUGUGCAGGCAGUCCUUCACUGGCCACGUGUCCGACAUCAACGCUGUCUGCGUGAGUAGUAGAGUUUUAUAUGUAUUCACACUACCGUUCAAAAGUUUGGGGUCACUUAGAAAUGUCCUUGUUUUCGGAAGAAGAAAAAACAUUGUCCAUUAAAAUAACAUCAAAUUGAUCAGAAAUACAGUGUAGACAUUGCUAAUGUUGUAAAUGGCUAUUGUAGCUGGAAAAACUAUUUGUUAUGGAAUAUCUACAUAGGCGUACAGAGGCCCAUUAUGGACAACCAUCAGUCCUGUGUUCCAAUGGCACGUUGUGUUUGCUAAUCCAAGUUUAUCAUUUGAAAAGGCUAAUUGAUCAUUAGAAAACCCUUUUGCAAUUAUGUUAGCACAGCUGAAAACUGUUGUGCUGAUUUAAAGAAGCAAUAAAACUGGCCUUCUUGAGACUAGUUGAGUAUCUGGAGCAUCAGCAAUUGUGGGUUUGAUUACAGAAUCAAAAUGGCCAGAAACAAAGAACUGUCUUCUGAAACUCGUCAGUCUUUUCUUGUUCUGAGAAAUGAAGGCUAUUCCAUGCGAGAAAUUACCAAGAAACUGAAGAUCUCGUACAACGCUGUGUACUAUUCCCUUCACAGAACAGCGCAGACUGGCUCUAACCAGAAUAGAAAGAGGAGUGGGAGGCCCCGGUGCACAACCUAACCCAUUGUCUCUGUUAUAGUAAGUCUCAAGGGGUUAAAUCGAAAAAAAAGACUAUAGUAAGUGCUAUUAAGUAACAGGUUUGACCGUAACAGGGUUGAGGUUUUUAUUUUAAAAUCAGCCAUAGAUCCCCUUGUGACAAGGGGAAGGCAAGCUUGUUGUGUGCAACAUGGAUGGGCAAUUGAAUGAAAGCUUCACAAACAGCCUAGAUAUGUUUUAACAAUUCAAUGUAUCUAUCUAUUGGUAACAGGGUUGACGUGUUAUGCUAAAUGCACUCAGUUUUCCACCACACAAAAAAAAAAAGAAGGAAAAUACGAUUAGACUAUUGUAUGUAUCUCGACCUCGCCAACACUAGCCACACAUUUGAACCAUUCUGGAAGUUGGUGCCAGUGGUGAACAGCUUUUACAGAAAGUGCUGUUCUACACACUGUAACUUCAGUUUCCAUUCAAUGCUCAUUCAAGAUGUAAAAUAAAUAAUAAUCUUUAGAAAUUACUUUGUAAAAGCAAGAACAUAACUAGGGCUCUACAAUGAAAGAAGUGGGAAUAACAUGACGAGGGACACGUCAAAAUGCAGAUUCUUGGCACUUUAGCAAGUCUUUUAUUCAUAUUAAAAAUGAUUUAUAUAUUAAAAAGGCACUUCAUUUAAUAAAACAGGCUUUUAAAAUGCUAUACUGGUGCACAAUUUCUUUUUUUAUACUUGGAUUUUAUGAGUAUUUUUCAAAACAAUACAGAGCAACAUGCUGUACAAUUUCUACUUCAAAUAUCAAAGGGAUGCUAAAUGUACUCUAUUAGUGGAGAAACCCGUACCUACUGUAACUGUCUGUACUUGCUUGACCUUGAAUAUCACUUUGUCCAUCGGAAGAAGGAAAUGUACAUUUAGCAUCACAAUCACUUUACACUAACACAGAUUAUUACAAAACAUCAUGUCACACACAUUAGAAAAAGCAGUGAGUAUAACAAAUUUGUAUGACAAAGUACACUGUUAUAAUAGCUUAAUUCACUAUACCUAACCCAUUCUGUUAUAAUAACUUAAUUCACUAUACCUAACCCAUUCUGUUAUAAUAACUUAAUUCACUAUACCUAACCCAUUCUGUUAUAAUAACUUAAUUCACUAUACCUAACCCAUUCUGUUAUAAUAACUUAAUUCACUAUACCUAACCCAUUCUGUUAUAAUAACUUAAUUCACUAUACCUAACCCAUUCUGUUAUAAUAACCUUUCUGUCUCUGCGGUGCAGUUCUUCCCCAACGGCAACGCCUUCACCACGGGCUCGGACGACGCCACCUGCCGCCUGUUCGACCUGCGAGCCGACCAAGAGCUGAUGAUGUACUCGCACGACAACAUCAUCUGCGGCAUCACCUCGGUGGCCUUCUCCAAGAGCGGCCGUCUGCUGCUGGCCGGCUACGACGACUUCAACUGUAACGUGUGGGACACCCUCAAGGCGGAGCGCGCAGGUACGGUAGUGGAGGGAGACUCACCAGGCCACUAAUUCAAAUCCCUUUUUUUAAAUGCAACCUUUCUUGGUCCCCCCCCUUGAGGUUGGAGGAAGGGACAUGAUUGGAAUGGGACAAGGGAGAUGUUUUCACCACAUUGCUUUAAUCAAUGAAGCUUUUUGUGCUAGGUAUUCAUUUGGCAGUUGCACUUAUCGACAGAAACUUAGUCAGUACAUAGUUGGUUAAACACUGGCUGUACAUUUACUCACAUUGACUCACAAUGUAUCACAAUGACCCUUCUAUUGUUUCACUCUCCCUCUCUCUCUCCCUCUUCCCGUCUCUCUCUCCCGUCUCUCUCUCCCUCUCCCUUCCCUCUAUUUCUAGGUGUCCUGGCCGGUCACGACAACCGGGUGAGCUGUUUAGGCGUGACAGACGAUGGCAUGGCCGUAGCUACGGGCUCAUGGGACAGUUUCCUCCGAAUCUGGAACUAA